GCCCGGCGCCUGUAUCCGUGCAGCCAAACGGGGGUAACCGUAGCCACUGGUCCAGCAGCAGCAGCAGCAGCAGCAGCAGCAGCAGAGGAGACAGGGACAGAAGGGGGAGUGAGAAGGAUAGUCAGCAUCUCUGGGGAAUUACAUACACACACAGUGAGAAGAUGACUCUGGCAGCCUACAGGGAGAAGGUCAAAGAGCUCCCCCUGGUGUCUCUGUUCUGCGCCUGCCUGAAUCCACAGACCUUGGAUAAUCCCACAUAUAAGGCAGAAGAUGCAGUGGACCUGGGCUGGUGCGCCAUCAAAGAUGUGGAGGUGAUUGAAUUGAAUAAGCGAGCAUCCGGCCAGGCCUUCGAGGUCAUUCUCAAGCCCCCGUCCUUUGACGGCGUGCCAGAUCUGAACACCUCCAUGCCGCAGCGUCGUGACCCGUCCCUGGAGGAAAUCCAGAAGAAACUCGAGGCUGCCGAGGACAGGCGAAAGUGCCAGGAGGCCGAGCUGCUGAAGCACCUGGCGGAGAAGAGGGAGCACGAGCGCGAGGUGAUCCAGAAGGCCUUUGAGGAGAACAACAACUUCAUCAAGAACGCAAAGGAGAAGCUGCAGCAGAAGAUGGAGGCCAACAAGGAGAACAGGGAGGCCCUGCUGGCCGCCAUGCUGGAGAGGCUGCAGGAGAAGGACAAGCACGCAGAAGAAGUGAGGAAGAACAAGGAGAUGAAGGAGGAAGCCUGCCGGUAGACAAGUGGAGCGAGGGAGUCGAGAGAGAGAGAGAGAGAGAGAGAGAGAGAGAGAGAGAGAGAGAGAGAGAGAGAGAGAGAGAGAGAGAGAGAGAGAGAGAGAGAGAGAGAGAGAGAGGGUGGAAACUUGGAGCUUUUUGAGUUGAUUUUAAAAAAGGAAAUUAAAAUACAGUGCAGGAAAAAAAAGCAAGAACUCCAAAACAACUCGAACAAAGGGAAGAGGCAAGUUUUCAUAUUUGAUGUAUGCUGUAACGAUUCUGAACAAGCUGUACAAAGUUAACACUAGAUGCUGAAAUUCACAAAGAAAU